AUGCCGGACGUCCUCAGCAUCCUGAGACAGUACACCAUCGAAAAGAAGGAGAUCGUGGUCAAGGGGGACGAAGUCAUCUUUGGGCCACUCUCCUGGCCAAAGAACGUCCAAACCAACUUUGUGAUGUGGGCGGCUGAGAAGAAAGGCCAGCCGAGAGAGUACUACACGCUGGAAUGCAUCCUGUUCCUGCUGAAUAACGUGCACCUUUCUCAUCCCGUUUAUGUCCGCCGUGCAGCUGCUGAAAAUGUUCCUGUGGUCAGAAGACCGGACCGCAAAGAUCUGCUUGGCUAUCUCUACGGGGAGACAUCAACGUGUGCAAGUAUUGAUAGAAGCCUCCCCCUGGAGAUAGGUCUUCAGCGAUGUCCUCAAGUCAAAAGAGCUGCAGAUGCAGUUGUAGCAGAAGCCAAGAAACCGCGCCUUGACAAUGAAGAAUGCAUACGUCUUGAUAGAGAGAGACUGGCUGCUCGUUUGGAGGGCCAUAAGGAAGGGGUCGUACAGACUGAGCGGAUUAGGUCUUUGUCCGAAGACAUGACGGUGGAAAAAAUUGCUGCAAUCAAAGCCAAAAUUAUGGCUAAGAAACGAUCUACGAUCAAGACCGACCUGGAUGAAGGUACCACUGACCUUAAGCGGAGGAGCUUUGUAGAUGCUGAGGCAGAUGUGACCCGAGAGAUCGUCAGCAGGGAGAGAGUGUGGAGGACACGCAACACGAUCUUACAGAGCACAGGAAAGACUUUUGCAAAGGAUAUCUUUGCAAUUCUUCAGGCUGUGGAGGACCGAGAAGAAGGGCGGGCACCUGAACGGCGACCAGCUCCAAAUGCAGCCCCAGUGGAUCCCACAGUGCGUUUGAAACAGCCUAUCCCGGCCGCCUACGACAGAUAUGAUCAGGAGAAGUUCAAAGGAAAAGAAACGGAACGCUUCAAAAUCGACACUAGGGGCACCUACCGCGGUAUGCCACUGAAACUGUUAGCGGAGAGUGCAUCUGCCCGCAGAACACAGACACCUGCAGCACAGCCAGUACCAAGACCGCUUUCACAAGCAAGACCUCCCACGAAGCACAAGAAAACUUCUCGAACUCCCAUCAUCAUCAUUCCUGCAGCUACCACGUCUUUGAUAACCAUGCUGAAUGUCACAGACCUUCUACAGGAUUUCCAAUUUGUCUCAUCAGAUGAAAAGAAGAAGCAGGGUUGUCGGCGAGAAGAUGAAAUUCUAAUACAGAGAAGAAAAGAGCAAAUGCAACCAGGUGGCACUGCUUACAGCAGUGUCACAGUCCCUUAUAAGGUACUGGAUCAGCCGCUUAAACUUAGGCCUCAAGAUUGGGACCGGGUUGUGGCAGUGUUUGUGCAAGGUCCCGCUUGGCAGUUCAAAGGCUGGCCGUGGCUUUUGCCUGAUGGAUCACCGGUCGACAUAUUUGCCAAAAUCAAAGCCUUCCAUCUCAAGUAUGAAGAAACUCGUCUGGAUCCAAAUGUUCAGAAAUGGGACGUGACCGUGCUAGAACUCAGCCACCAUAAACGUCAUUUGGAUAGACUCGUUUUCUUGAGGUUCUGGGACACACUGGAUCGAUACAUGGGGAGCCAUAAAUCUCACUUGAGAUUCUGA